AUACUUUAAAAGAACGUUUACCACAACAUUUCCAUCAAUUUAUUUUUCUACGUGCAGAAAAUACCCUAAAACAAUUAAGACGUGCAUUUAAUGAAAUAGCCGAUAUGAUCUAUUACAUGAGAAAUAGAGAUAGACCUAUACGUCUUACUUGUUUCAUAAGUGUAUCCAAGAAUAAAAUCGAAAUAGUAUCUUUCGAAGAAGAUGAUCAUCAGAAUUCUGAGUUUUUCCGCCGCCUCGGCCUAUCAAUAUACGUACAUGCCUUAAAAAUUCCAAUAAAUGGGAUAAUAGAAGAUGGUAUAGAUACUAAUCAACCACCUUUUGUCGAAGAAAAUAAUAUGGUGAUUGAUGGAAAUUUUUCUAUUAGGCCGCGUAAUAUAG